CCACUUUAAUUUACAAUAGCCAGUAUCCUAUCAGAAACAACAAAGCAGAAAAAGAAGACAAGAGUUUAACAAACAGGCCCACGAUAAAAUUAUACAGUAACGCAAACUCAUAAAAAGCCAUAUAAAACAAAGAUCUUUGCGGAUAAUCAGAAACUACAUUUCUUACCUCAAAGCUUCAGCAACAAGAUUUUGAAAGAACGAAGUUUUUUAUCGGCAAGGAGAUAUGCCAACAUAAAUGUCUCUUUUGCUCAAGUCACCCGGUUGUAAACAAAUAAUGGCAGAUGUGGCUGCGCGAACUUCAACGAAAAAAGGUGCAACAGGUUCAUACAAGAAAAGUGAUGGUAAAACAGAAAUCGAGUUUCUUUUUCUUGCAACCUCAAAUCACAAUGAUGUUUACCAGAAUUGCAAAGCUUCAUUAAAAAAUGAAAAUGUGCACAGCAUUACUAUACAUGGACUGGAGUCCUCCAUACCUAUGGCUAUGAAAGUUGCUUUGAUGAUAAAAAAAGAAGUUUCAAGUAUUGAGAUCCAAGUCCUGACGUCAUCAGUUGACCUUAUUAACAGUUUACAAAUAGUUGGGAGGUUGAUUGAACCAUCGGGAUUGAAGCAGAGCUGUGCUGCCGUCCAUCUUGUGCUGAAGAAAACGAAACCAACAAAGACAGCACAAGAAAACUAAAAUUUAUUCUCUCGUGGUUUUUAUCUUAAAUCUCUUACUUAAAUCUCUUUUAGCUAUGUUUACUACAUUCAAAGUGAAACUUCUGACCCAGGCAUACUUCUUUUUAUUAUCAAAUAAAUAAUUUUUUGUUUGUU